GGUGGGCACCGUGGGGCACAAGCUGCCACCGCCGCCCACCAUGGCCUCCUUCUUCACGGCUGCCCUGAAGAGCUUCCAGGGGGGCAAGGAGGAGCUGCCCAAGGGCCCCCCGAGGGAGGACAAGGCAGCCACGCUGCCCAACGGGAUGGCCCGCGAGGAGUUUGAGGAGUACCAGCGGCAGCUGCUGGAGGAGAAGAUCGAGCGGGACAAGGCGUUUGCGCAGAGGAAGGCGGAGCGGGCCACUGUGCGGAUGCACCUGCGGGACAAGUACCACCUGACCCAGGACGAGCGGGACGAAGCGCAGAUGCACGUGGCCGGCGGGGCGGUGGAGCUGCCGCAGGAAUUGGCCGCGAUGGUGCGGGGCGAGGAGGAGGAGGAGGAGGAGGAAGGCGGCACCGGGGCCUUCGCCUUCCUGGCGAAGCUGCGGGAGGUGGAACUGCCGGCGCUGCGGGACCGCGCGCUGGGCGGCGUGGACCAGGUGAAGGAGAAGUGCUCCCUGAUGUAGCAUCGCUGCCCACCCUGCGCUGGGUGACACCGGCAGCCCCUGCUCCCCUCUGCUCCCCGGGAGCCACGGAGUGCUGAGGCUGUGGCUGCUGUUUCCUGGUGAUGGGCAUCCCA